AAGCGGGUGCAUAUUGAAGGGUCUCCCAGGGCACGGGAGCAGGGAGCACCACAGAGAGAGGGCUGGGGGCUGGGUGCCGAAGCAAAGGGAAGAGAGACGGGAUGCAACUGGGGAGGGCGUGUGGCUCCAUGUCCAACAGAUUUGCUUUUUACAAAGAUCACUCCAGUUGCAGGGGGAAGGGACUGGAGGAAGCAAGAGUGGGGACAGAACUAACUGGCAUGACCUGCUAGCUGGGGUCAUAGGUGAAAGGCCUCUGGGCUGAGAGGUGUGGCAGUACAUCAGGAGCUAAAACCCAGGGCCACCUGGUCUGGGUGCCAGGAGGGGCAGGCGUUGUCCCCAGUCACCUCCUGUCCAGCAGGUUGUUCUUCAUUAGGGACUCCUGUCACCUGAGAAACUUUAAGAACAUGGCCGAGACCCAUAAACCCACGGCCAUCCAGUUCAUGACGAAGGUGCCGUUGCAAAGUGGUGAGAAGGGAGAGCAAAGAUCUUUUCAAUGAAUGAUUCUGGACCAAUUGGAUCCAUGUGAGGAAAAAACCUGAAUAGGAGAUAGGCGGCACAAGCCAUAAAACUGAUAAAUUAGGUUCUGUUAAAAUAAAAAAACUUCUCUUCAAAAGACACCAUUCGGGGAAAGAAAGGCAAACGUUGGGGAUGAUGUUUGCAGUGCAUACAUAUCCGACAAAGGACUUGUUUCUAGAAGAUAGAAAAACAACUACAGCUCAGUCAGGAAAAGGCAUUGUCAAAAGACUUGAAUCAGAACUUUACAGAAGAGAAUAUCCAGGUGGCCAAUGGGAGCCAAAAAAGGUGCCCAGUGUCAUUUUAGUCAACAGGAAAAUGUGAACUAAAAUUGCAAAGAAAUACACGUAACCCCUAAUACACCCACUAAAAUGGCCAAAUGGAAUCUACCAGUACCAAGAAUUUCCAAGAAAUGCCAAAAGCCAAGUACAGAAAUGCUGCACUGUUCACAAUAGCCCAGACUGAAAACAGCCCAAACGUCCUUCAGUAGUAAAAUGGGUAAGUGACCUACCUGUUCAUGCUCACGUUGAGUACCGCACAGCCAUGCAACAAAACACACCGCUGCUACGUGUGGCACCCUGAAGGAAGCUCACCGACGCAGCGUGGGGAGCAGCCAGACCCGGAGGAACAUGCCCUUGUGGCAGCACUUGAGCUCUGAGCCGCACUGAUUCCUGCUGACCAGGGUGGACUCACUCUUACCCACUCAUCGAGCUGUAUGUGGAGGUUCUGUGCUCUUUUCUGUACAUGUGUCACACUUUUUAAAAAAGAAAAAAGUUACAUCACACAAGUUAACCAGGCCACACCUACUAAAGUCUUUGAGACACAGGUGAUUCUAAUGUACCCUGGCCAUUGGUUGAGCUCAGCCAAACCCUUUAUUUUCUUUAAAAUGAUUUCAAAAUUAUGUAGUGUCUAGUACAUAAGAGACACCAAAAAUACAGCAGUGAACAUACAUACACCACUGUACAGCUUAAGAUAAUCCCUCAAUUUAUUCAAGCUGUAUAGAGUAGCUAUACAUACGUGUGUAAAAUGUUUGGUUUUGUCUUUUUAAAACGUAAAAGAAAAAAAUCCCCAAAAGGUAUCCCUAUGUGAUUCUAUGCCCUGUUGUUUUCACUCAAGAAUAGGUUUUGAGCCUUUUCCCAUCUCAUAACGUAUAGAUCUGCCUGAUUUUAAACUGCCGUAUGGUAUUUCAUGUGGUGGAGUCCCAUGGCUGUGCAGCCACCCCCUUACUGUGAACAGGAGGUCAUUUCCAGUUUUCCACUGUUAUGACCUGUUUAACAGGCACCUCUCUGGCACAGGGUGCGUAUUCCUCUAGGGCAGGCAGCGCUUUAUAGGUGAAAGGGGACAAGCACUCUGUAUUGCACUCUGAAGAGGUUUCACAAGUUCACAUUCUAUUUACAUUUAUAGUUUAUAUUCCACUCAUUUACAUUACACUGCAUUUACAGUGAGGAGUAUCUGAGAGGACUCUUUUCUUUCCUACAACCUGGUUAACACUUGGUAUUAUUGUUAAAAGUCUUCUAAUCUGAUUGAUAAAUGAGAGUCUGUUAUUUUAAUAGUCAUUUUCUUGACUCUGAAUACUUUUUUAAAUGUCUACUGCCCAUUUUUUUAGUCAUUCUUGUGAAUUGCCUAUUUAUAGCCUUCCCAGGGGACUAAAACUUUGACUACAUUAAAAUCUGAAACUUCUGUGCCUCAAGAGGAUACCAUGAUCAGAGUUAAAAAGACAAGUUACUACCUAGAAGAAGAUGGUUGCAACAUAUCUUAUAGACCCAAGAUUAUUAACUACAAUAUGUAAAGAGCACCUGCAAAUUAGCAAGAAUGAGGCAAACCAAUAGAAAAUGGGUAAAGGGUAUGAACCCUUUCGAAUUAUAUACGGAGCCAGAGAAGGCAAGAGUCUUAUUGCCUAAGGUCUUAGGCACAGGAAAUUAUGAGUAAAGCUGGAUCUUGGACCCAGCCUUCUCUACUAAUCUCAGGCUUUUUCCAUCACCUCAUUCUCACUUGGACGGUAAAGAGGCAGGUGACAUACUGGGCUAUUCACUCAGCUGAUGCCUAUUAAGUGCUUGCAUAUUUGUAGCUCAGGCAUUAGGGCUGGUGAACCACAGGUAGGGCACAGAUGAGGGCAGGGGAGCAGUGGACGGAGGUGGGGGUGAGACAGGAUGCAAGGGCAGCUGAUGGCUCUGGGUACCUAGGCUGUCCUCUCCCUCCCGGUCAGCUUGGGUCUGUCUCUUGCAGAGUCAGGGCUGGAAUACUACCCCCCUUCUCAGUACCUGCUGCCAGUCCUGGAGCAAGAAGGAGCCGAGAACUCCCGGGACAGCCCCGACGGGCCCUCGGACAGAUUCUCCAGGGAGGAGGUGGCGUGGCAGUAAUGAAAUAUUGGAAGCCCCCUGAUGUCUAUCAGAGGGAAAAGGCUGGACAAAUGUGUUACAUCCAUGCCAGGAGACAGAUCUCUCUAGACUUGGGUCAUAGGACGUACAGGUUCUCAGACUAUGAGAAGAGGAAGGAACAGAAGAUGCUGGAGAAACUCGAGUUUGAACGGCGCCUGGAACUCGGGCACCGAGAGCACGCCCAGCUCCUCCAGCAGAGCAGCUAUCAGAAGGAGGAGAUCCUUCAGACGGUCAAGGAGGAGCAGUCCCGGCUGGAGCAGGGCCUGAGCGAGCACCAGCGCUCCCUGGAUGCCGAGCGCCAGCAGCUGCAGAAGCAGCUCAAGCAGACAGAGCAGAACAUCUCCAACCGCAUCCAGAAACUCCUGCAGGAGAAUCAGAGGUUGGGCUCCUG